AUGGAAAGCACCACCAUCACAACAACGCAAAUCACUCAAGGUCCAUAUUCUUUUGGAAUUCCAGAGGGCCGUGCCACGAUCACCUUGCAAUCUUCUGUCCAGGAGUGUGGCAUCUCCAACGCUUCCAAUCACCAGAGCAAAAACAAAGUGCUGAAAAGACAGCGCUCGAGCUCUCCGGAGCUCCUCAGGUGCAAGAGAAGGCUGAGCUUCAAUGGGCUAGGCUACACUAUCCCACAACAACAGCCAGUUGCGGUGGCCAGACGCAACGAGCGGGAGAGGAACCGGGUCAAACAGGUCAACAUGGGCUUCCAGACGCUGCGCCAGCACGUGCCCAACGGAGCAGCCAACAAGAAGAUGAGCAAGGUGGAGACGCUGAGGUCGGCGGUCGAGUACAUUCGUGCACUGCAGCAGCUUCUAGACGAGCAUGAUGCAGUGUCCGCGGCGUUUCAGUGCGGCGUACCAUCCCCUACUAUCUCCAAUACCUACUCCGCGGACCCGGAGUCGCCUCACUCCACCUAUUCCUCGGACGAAGGGGGCUACGAGCAUCUGAGCUCGGAGGAGCAAGAGCUAUUGGAUUUUACUACCUGGUUCGACAGAUACUGA